AUGUCUUCUGCACCUACUACAACUCAAGACCAGUCCAACUCCAAAGACUGGUCCGCAUCCCAAUACCUAAAAUUCAACAACGAGCGCACCCGCCCCGUCUACGACCUCAUCACCCAGAUCCUCCCUCACAUAUCUUCCCCUUCCCCCCGCGUCUACGACUUAGGCUGCGGCCCCGGCAACAGCACUCGCGUACUCACAUCCUCCUUCCCCGGCGCCCACGUGACAGGCAUGGAUUCUUCACCCGACAUGCUACGUCGUGCCAACGCUGAAUUCCAAUCCUCCUCUUCCUCACCCACCAACGUCGACUUUGUCAGCGGCGACAUCUCCGACUUCACCGUGGAACCAGGCACAGAUUUGAUAUUCAGCAACGCAGUAUUCCACUGGCUCCGCUCCCCCUCUCGCAUCCCCGCCUUACAACGCCUCUUCUCCUCCUUGAAACCCGGCGCAGUCCUCGCAUUCCAAAUGCCAGACAACUACCACGAGCCCUCUCACGCCCUCAUGCGCUCCGUCGCUACCCUCCCUUCUCAGCCUUGGUCCCCUUACUUCUCCGAUGCCCGCGUGGCCGAUUCAAGCGACCCCCAGCGCCCUGACCUCGAUCCCAUCGAGCCUCCAUCGGAGUUCUACAACGCAUUUGUGGAUGAUGCGCAGUUGGUCAAUAUCUGGCGCACGAAUUACCAUCACGUGCUGUCUGAUGCGCCCGCGAUUGUGGAGUGGGUGAAGGGGACGGGGUUGUUGCCGUAUUUGAAUCGGAUUGAGGAUGAAGGGGCAAAAGGGGCGUUUUUGAAGGAAUAUGAAAAGAGAUUGGACGAGGCGUAUCCAAAGUUGAAGGAUGGGAAGGUUAUACUGGUUUACCCGAGGCUUUUUGUGGUUGUUGUGCGGAAGUAA